AUGGGCUCACCCUCCAUCGCUUGCAUCGGCAUAAUUGGAAAAUUUAACGACCCUCUCCAUAUUUCAAUAUUCUCACCCCAUGAAGCCUCCAGGCUCGAGCUCUCAUUUCUCUUAAACUCAUGUCUCGACCUCUUUGAGAUACGCCGGAAGCACACCUCGGUUGAUCAGGAUUUGGGUUUGUUGCAUGCCUUUGACGAACGAUUCGCGGCCUAUGGCUGGCUCACAAACACCGAUGUGAAAUUUUUAAUAAUCGUGGAUAUGGGCGCGCAACCCGUAUCGGGAAGGGAUGAGAAGAAAGUCCCACCCCUUACUUUCCGGGCAUUGCAGUCAGCAUAUAUUAAGCUGCUGCAAAAUCCCUUCUACCAGGCCAAUGAUGGCACUACACCUUUAGGGAGAACCACCAUGUUUACCUCAGAACAUUUGAAAACGGCAAAUAAUAAAUUUGUUCAAGAAAUUCAUCAUAUUGGUGAAUCUUGGUCUGUUGAUACUAAAGGUGAUUAA